GGAGGGAGAGAAUGGUUUAAACGCUCGUAGCGAGGAGAAUCCAAUGGCAGGAGCAGGACAAAGUUCUUUGGAGUCUCUAAUGCAACGGCCUGUUCCAGUUCCUCCACCUGGUAGCUAUCCUGUUCCUAAUCAAGUACAGGCUAGUGGAGACGAUGGUGGUGGUUUUGACUAUAGCUUUGGAAACUUGUCGAUCAAGGAUAAGAAAGAACAGAUUGAGAUUACAAGGAACAGCCUCGAGUUGCUCUCUAGCAUGUUGAACACUGAUGGGAAGCCGAAUCACACAGAGGACGAGCUAACGGUAAGCCUGAUGGAGAAAUGCAAGCAGUCACAGCCGUUGAUUCAAAUGAUCAUAGAGAGCACAACGAACGAUGAGAGUGUUCUUUUUGAGGCUCUGCACUUGAACGAUGAGCUUCAACGCGUUUUAUCUAUUUACGAGAAGACUGAUGAAACUGAGAAGAAGGCGUCCAUGGUGGAACAAGAAUCAUCGGGUCCCAAACCGACAGAAGAGGAACAUCCUGUCAAACAAAAGGAUGAACAUCAUGAAUCAUCAGGAUCCUCCAACAAGACUGGUAAAGAAGAUAAGCAGCAGGUGAAAAUAGAACUCGGGUUAUCGAGUGAUGAAGAUGAGAAAUGAACAAGUCUAAUACGACAUGGUUAUCAGAACGUUGGGGGAAAGUUUCUUGUUCUUUUGAUGUUUUCUUCUGAAAUGUACUUUCAACCAUACAUUUGUGGAACCUUUGUUAGCUUCAUUUUCCUUUUUAUUGGCAUAACAACACCGUAGGUGAAUCUUCACGCGACACCCUAUGUAUUUCUCAUACAUGUUUGGUAUAUUUAUACGAGGUGUUUUGGUUAGA